AUGGCGAAAAAUGUUAUGCAUGCGGUUCAGUAUGAUGGCUACGGUGGAGGACCUUCCGGCUUAAAGCAUGUUGAAAUUCCAAUUCCCAAUCCAAACAAAGAUGAGGUGUUGCUGAAAUUGGAGGCAGCUAGUCUGAACCCAUUUGAUUGGAAAGUUCAGAAAGGCAUGCUGUGGCCAUUGUUGCCUCGCAGAUUUCCACACAUACCUGGUACUGAUGUGGCAGGAGAGGUUGUACAGGUAGGACCAGGAGUGAAAAAAUUCAAAGCUGGUGACAAAGUUGUAGCUAUGGUUAAUCCUCGUAAUGGAGGCGGACUAGCUGAGCUUGCCGUGACUAAGGAAAGCUUGACUGCUGCAAGGCCACCUGAAGUUUCAGCAGCCACUGCCGUAGGAUUACCUGUUGCUGGUCUCACUGCUCACCAGGCCCUUAUCCAAUCUGCUGGGAUCAAGCUUGAUGGAAGUGGUAAGCAAGCAAACGUUCUGAUCACAGCUGCUUCGGGCGGUGUAGGUCUCUAUGCAGUUCAACUAGCAAAGCUCGGAAACACUCAUGUGACAGCCACUUGUGGAGCUCGUAACCUUGAAUUGGUCAAGAGCCUAGGUGCUGAUGAGGUUAUUGACUACAAGACCCCAGAAGGAGCAACUCUGAAGAGUCCAUCUGGUCGAAAAUAUGAUGCUGUGAUCCAUUGUGCAACUGGCAUUCCUUGGUCAACUUUUGAGCCUAAUUUGAGUACAAAUGGUAAGGUAAUAGAUAUCACUCCCGGCCUCAGUGCCGUAGCGAACUUUGCUCUGGGAAAACUUACCUUUUCCAAGAAGCAACUGGUGCCACUGCUCUUAUCUCCCAAGGCUCAGAACCUGGAUUAUCUUCUUAAGUUGGUGAGAGAAGGGAAGCUCAAGACAAUAAUAGACUCAAAGUAUCCCCUGACCAAGGCAGAGGACGCUUGGGCUAAGAGCAUUGAUGGGCAUGCUACUGGAAAGAUAAUUGUGGAGCCUUAG